UAUUUCCCAUCACAUCUGCCGCCUGGCCCGCCGAAUUCCUCUAGAAGUUUUGUUUUACCCAGUGACUGGUGAAGGUUUGUGCUGAGCAGCUUAGCUCGGGCUUUUAGGAGGUUCCUGAAAUCUCCGCUCGUCGGAUUUGAUGCAAUACUGGAAGUGGUUUGGCUCCGCUCCCUCCCGCGAUCAGUCGACUCUCCGCAGCGCCCACAGUCCAUUUCUCUAGAAGGAUUUUCAGUUACUGGCUGCACCUGUAGAUUACCCUGUUUACCCCAAGCCGCGUCUGUGAGUCUAACUCCACCCUCAGCACUUUACUGACUAACGAUCAGGGUUCAGUCGAUGCGAGGAGUCGUCGCAAUGGAGAGUUGGACCGGACCGGUGUCGCUCCUUGUCACCGCGUUCUCUCUCUGCUCUGUCGCGGGAAGCCAGACAGGCUCACACGGCUUGAUGUAUUUCUACUUCCAAUCCAUCAACAUUACUGAACUGCCAGCCUUCUUCAGGAUUGGGAUGUUGGAUGACUUGCAGAUUGACUACUAUGACAGCACCCUCCGUGAAGUAGAAAUCAAGCAUCAGUGGAUUGCAGAUGGCUUAUCGACUGACUACCAGAAAGAACAGAAAGAAAUAACUGACAGGCUUCAUGGGCUCCUCUCCGCAUGUCUGAUGCCAAUCACCCCACACAUUAACAUCAGCUACAUACAGGGAAUCUUGGGCUGCACACAUUCUGGAAAUACGAUCAAUGUGAUUCUAAAAGUCAACAUCCCAGAUUUUGGAACGGUCAGCUGUGAUAUCAGCGCAGAGAAAAAUCUCAUAGAAUUGAUCAAUUCUCAAAUGACCCAACUCACUUUCAAUGAAGAGCGUGAAAUGAAGAUUUACUGCAUUCGGUACUUGCAAAGAGCUGUUCAGCUUGGAAAAGAAGCAUCUGAAAGGCAAGUUGCUCCAGAGGCUCAGGUGUUGACAAGGAGGCCAACAGCUACUGCAGGCGAGAGUCUCUCAUGCAUCAUCACUCCCUUCUACCCCCGUGCUAUCAACGCUAUGUGGCUGAAGAAUGGGCAGGUUGUUUCUGAGGGCUACAAGGUGACUGUGCUACCGAACUUCAAUGAUACGUACUGGAUGGAACUAGUCAUUGAGCUGCAGGGCAACAACCCAAACAUCUAUGCCUGUCGCGUCGAGCACAGCAGCCUGACACAGGAACUGGUGGUGAAGGGAGGAGUUGGUGUGCCCCAUUGUGCAGGUCCCAUGUUGGGGCUGAUGACUGUGUUUGCGAUAAUCUUUGGAGUGAUGUAGAGGUGCAGCAAGCAGAGAACCAAGAUAUCACUGGAGGUGAGCAUUUGGCUCUCUCAACCACAGUUGUGACCACAGGGUGGAGCCUCAAACAGGUUUUGUGAUGAGUGACCGCAUACCACAGCAAGCUUAGUCAGAAUCAGAAUCAGAUUUAAUAUUACUGGUAUAGGUCAUGAGAUUUUUUAACUUUACAGCAGCAGUACCAUGAAAUUGACAAUAAAUAAACAUCAAGGAAAAAAACUGAGUUACAUAAAGUAUAUAUAUGACUAUUUAGUUAACAUAAGCAGCACAAAAUUACAGAAAUAAAAACAGUAUUGAAGUAGUGUUCAUGGGUUCAAUGUCCAUUUGGAAAUUGGCUGGCAGAGGGGAAGAAGCUGUGCCUUCAGGCUUCUGUACCUCCUUUCUGAUGGCUCCAGUGUGAAUCGGGCAUGUCCUGGAUGUAGCCUUCCUGAGGCAUCACUCCUUGAAGAUGUUUUGGAUACUAUGGAGGCUGGUACCGCUGAUAAAUCUGACUAAUUUUACAAGUUGUGCAGUAGUCCCUCAUAAAAGAUGGUGAUGCAGCCAGUCAGAAUGCUCUCCAUUGUACGUUUGUAGAAGUUUUCGAGUGUUUUAGUAGAACAACAAAAUCUCCUCAACCUCCUAAUGAAAUAUAGCCACUGUCAUGGCUUCUUUAUAGCUGCAUCAAUAUGUUGCAUCCAUGCUAGGUCCUCAGAGAUGGUGACACUCAGGAACUUGAAAUUGCUCAUUCUCUCCACUUCUGAUCCCUCUAUGAGGAUACGUUUAGUGUUACAUCCACUGUGGAAACUUAUUGGCUGAAUCUUCUGCUGCUUUAACGAACUCCCAUUUAGCUAUGAUUUAACUUUUUCUUACAUCUGAGAAAAUACUCAAGUGAACUGUAAGGUCUGUAAGGUCCCACUUGAGUUGAGUUCCUCCUUCCAGUCCUAAUUGCACCACAAAUGCCAAAUGUUAAAUCAUUGCUCUGAAGUACAAAUGCUUGUUUUGAACACUGGACACCCAAGAGUAAUUCUUUUCUUCAAGGGAGAUUGGCAGUGUCCAACAUUUAGUUUAUAAUAUGAGCAGAAACUCUGGAAUUUUUUGGCAAUUUGGAGAAUGAGUGAGUACAAAAUAU